AUGGAACAAGCGGCUUCAGUAGCAGCAGCCGCCGCAACAGCAGUCGUCGCCGUCGCCGCAGACAAAGACGCGAAAAUUCCGUCGACGAAACGGAAAUCUUCUUUCGGUGCUUCGGACUCGACGCCUGCUGUUGUCAAGAGACCCACUAAAAUCACCGACUUCUGGAAACCCCCCUCAGUUUCUGCGACAAGCAACGGAACCUCAGAAGAUCAGGACAAAAUCCUCAAUCAGAAGACAACUGUGAGCAAGUCCCCAUGCUCGGAUAGGACGAACACCGAUGCGAGCAGUAAUCAUGCCUUCAAGACCGCGCGAGAUACCGCCAAGGAAUUGAAUGAGUGCCGGGAAGCUCCAGCGAGUCCAAGUGGGCUUUCAGGAGAACGAAUUCGCUCUUUCGAAGCAAUUUCGAGCGGAAGCGAAGGAAGGAACAUGCACGUCGAUUCAAACGAGACUAACGGAAAUGACAUCGACGACGUCGUGGUUGUUUCCGAGAGUCCCGCUAAAUCGCCUCGGAAGUCCCAACGGAACACGCCGGCGAAGUCCUACAAGGAAUACGAUAAGAAUUUCUACGAGGACAAGAAGCCGUCGAAAGGCCGGAACCGGAGCUACGAGAAGUUUAGGGAAUUCUUCAAGAAUACCGCAGAACGCUCGAAGGAACCGAAGAUCGUAGAAAAGAAGGCACCGAAGCCUCCACCAGAGAACGCUCUGAGCCUGAAUGGGUUCAAGAAACGCCUAUCGACGGACAGUAGCAGUUCCACGACCCCGAAAAGAAGGGGUCGGCCGCCACGGAGCGAAGAAGAGAGAGAAGCCCGUAAGCAGGAAUAUAAGAAGAAGAUCAGCGAGAAACUCAAAGAAAAACGAAAGCUCGAGAGAGAAGCUAAGCAGAAAGAGAGGAUCCUGGACGACGAUCUCUUCCUUCCGAAUCUCAUCCCCCUUCCCGCCUUCACCGAAAUCGAAUGCGGAAUACCCAAGGAGGGCCUCGGGGAAUUCUUCUGCAUUCUCGAGUUCAUGACCGCGUUCUCGAAGGAGCUCGGUGUGAAGGACUACUUCUCGCAAGGGAUAUCCUUCGAUAUUCUCGAGCGAGCAUUCACGGAAGUCGAUGCCCUCGGUCUCCUAGUGAACGUAUUCCAAAUACUUCUCAGCCGACUCAUGAAACUCCAGCUGUCAGAUUGGACUAUCGACUACAGCACUCAAAAUGAGGGCGACGAUCUCUGUACCAAGAUGGCCGCAUAUCAGGAACAGGCAGCGGCCGCGGGACGAGAGUUCCGAGAUACCUACGGCUUCAUGUUUCAUACCGUUCCCCUGGACUCGUUCACCUACAGCGAUGUUGUCCGCUACCACUUGAAGGCAAGUGGAGCGCCCGGCAUCGAUUUGCGAGAUAGAAUUCAUUGUCAUCAAGGUUUCACGCCGAAAGAAGAUCCAGGACUUGUAUUUGUGAUGAGGAAUCCGGAAAUAAUGGAGAAACUAGAAAAAAACUCUAUGGCCAGCCUGGAUGUUCUGGAGAAGAUGAAGAUCGUACGCUGUCUCAUAGAUCAACUUUUGACCUUUGGAAUAUUCCGAGAGGCUAUCGAGGACGGCCUGGAAAAAUGUGUCGAGCUGAAAAUACAAUUGAAAAAGCUGCAUUGGCGGAAGAAACUCCUCGACGACGAGGAGAAAGGAAUCAAGCGCGAUAAAGACGAGGAGGCGGCAGCCGCAGCGGCGGCGGUGACACAAACGACUACUGGGAACGACGACGAAAAGAAGCGGCGCAACUGGCGAUAUGUGCUUCCUGAGAUGCCUCGCGAAGAAAUAGAGAAACGGAUCGAACAGACCGAGGACGAAAUCGGCAAAGUUUGGUAUCGUUUCGGCCUGUCGAACCUCGGCGAAGAUCGAGCCCAUCGAAUCUAUAGCGUUCUACAUUCAGUGCCGGCGAUCGUUGUUGAGGUUUUGCCCUGCGUCGAGGCGCCUUGCAUCGAAGGAGGAACCCCGGAGAACGACGCCGACGUGGAAAUGAAGGAAGAAAUCAAAGCAGAGAAUGGGGAAGACCUCCGGAAAGACUCGCAUCUCGUUUGCAGCGGAUCGAUUGAAACUUGCGCUAUCCACAAGGAGAAAGAGCCGCAGUAUUUAUUUAUAUCUUCUCAGGAGCAACUCGAUAGUUUGUUGAGUUCGUUGGCAACCAAAGGCGUGCGCGAGAGUGUCCUAAAAGAGACUAUAGUGAACGAAGUCGAGUACUUGAAGUCGGUGCUCAAGAAAACCCCUUUAUCAAAGCUGAAUCGCACAUUGAAUGAGGCUGUUCGACGGAGGUACCCAUCCGAUGCGUUCAAGGUCUCCAACGUUUUCGGUCUCAGACCAAAUCUUGCUUUGAACCUCACCUUCAGAGAACUCCUGCUAGACAUUGAAGAGAAAUCCGUUCAAGCCUCCCUCGGUGGCUUCAAGGAUGAGGAACGCCGACGAAUGUGGAGGCUCGAGCUCGAAGAGCCUCUCCUGAAAAUGCAGAAUCUCGAGCCGGAGAAAACCAAUGAGCUCUUCCCUGAAAGCGAAGACGAAACAGAGCUACAAUUCCUUAUACCAAAGCUGAGCGAAUUUUGUGAAAGUAUCCCGGUGAAGUUCUUGAAAGCACCUCUCGGAGAUCAGGGACCGUCGUUGCGGAACAAAUUGGAUAACUGGCGCGCAGCUCUGCCGUUCUGUCGGAAUCUCAGUCAACUAUUCCUCUUCUAUUCCUCUUUGGAGAGCUCGAUCGAGUGGCAGAAGGGCUUGACGAACGCUCGCUGCAAGGUCUGCAGAGGGAAGGCAACGCCAGACAGGAUGAUUCGAUGCGAAACAUGUGAUCUAGUUUUCCAUUUACCGUGCAUCAAACCUGCCCUCCGUGAGAUCCCUCGAGGAGAAUGGUUCUGUAAGGCUUGUACGCCAGAAACCGUCCCAGACUCACCCCGGAAGAAGCCCAAGGUCACAAGUGCUGAAGACGAAGAAGAAUCCACGGGCGAAGUUCCUGAGAGUAACGAUUUUUGUGAAGUAUGUCUCAACGACGAGCAGCUGAUCAGUUGUGGGUCGUGUCCACGAUCAUUCCACUUGAUCUGUAUUCAAAUGAAACGAGCGCCGAGGAGAGAUUGGCGGUGUCUCGCGUGUACUGCAGGAGUGAAAAAAUAUAAACAAGAGCUGAAGGACUUGAAGAAGAUCAUCGAAGAAAAGGAAGCUUUCGAAGCGAAGGACAGCAACGAGGAGGACUUCUCAAUAAAUCAAUGCCUGAAAUGUGGAGAGCUCCUGAGCCGUGGACACAUCGAAUGCAUCGGCUGCGGCAGGAAGUACCAUUUGGCUUGCGCCGACCUAACCAAGAGACCGAAAGGCGAUUGGUACUGCAAGAAGCGUUGUGAGCCCGGUUAUGUUUCCCUGAAUCAGACUAUGAACGGAGAGAGCGACGAGGAAGAAUCGGAAGAAGAAGAGGUCGUAGACGAAGAGCAACAAGUGGAGGUGGAUGUUGAUGGAUUCGACUACAAAGCUUGCUGUGACAUCCUUGACGUUCUGAAGAGAUCUGAUCACGCUUGGCCUUUCCUCGUCCCAGUCAGCAAAAAAGAUGCACCCGAUUACUUGAAAAUAAUCAAGAAGCCCAUGGAUCUCGGAACCAUCCAAACGAAACUUAACGAUAUGAAAUACACGACGAACGUUUCGUUUGUGAAUGACGUCCUUCAAGUAUUUAUAAAUUGCGAGGCCUACAAUCUUGAAGAAGCUGAGGUCUAUAAGGAGGGCAAACGGCUACUUGGAAUCUUCAUGGGCCUACUCGACAACUAUUCGAUGUCUUCUUUGCUUAAUCCGCAAGAAUUCCGAUGGCUCGAGGAAGUUAUCCGAAGUAAAUGCACCAAAUGUCGAAUGGAUUUCCCAUACGGUAUAAAGAAGGUUUGUUGUCGACUCUGUUACACGACCCUCCAUCUGAAGUGCGCAGGUUUGAGGAUAUCUGUGGAAAAAUGGCUGUGUCCGGCAUGCGUGGGCAAAGAACCGGAAGCCGAUCUAGAUGAUGAAGAAGAUAUCCGAGAGACCAGUGAAGAAAAUCACGCAUCCGAAUCGGAUCUGGUCAAUGCUGUCGAGGUCGAUGGGUUCGACUACAAAGGAUGCACAGAAAUCCUUGAGACGCUCGUGAAAGAUAACUUGUCUUUCCCGUUUCGAAGACCUGUCACGAAGAAGGAAGCUCCAGAUUACUUUGACAUAAUCGAGCACCCGAUGGACCUAUCCACGAUCCAAAGCUCGCUGAACAACAUGGGAUACCAACAUAAUAAACAAUUCAUCGACGACAUCCUCCUGAUGUUCAGGAACUGUGAACGCUACAACGACGAGCGGAGCAGCAUGUAUGCAGGGGCGAUGCAGUUCUGGAAGACUGCAUUGAAGAAAAUCACCGAUACAGGUUACGGCUCAUUGAUCGAUCCCGAUAAAGUGCCUAAGUGGAACCCACCAAAAAACUCACGCAGAUCCACCCAUUAGUACAACACUUUCAUUUUCAUCCCGUUCUCACCGCGUAGCGACCCAUCUACAUCAGAAUCCAUAGAUAAGUGCACACCAAUGAUAUCUUUAGGGUCACAAAUAUCAGGGAGCUCCCGCUGCUGUUGAUAUCAUAACCCGAUAAGUUUCUUCGGGGACGAUUGAACCCGAACUCAGAGAUUUUUUUCCGAGAGGAUCGUUCCUUCCACCGUAUAAAAUUUUCCGUCUCGACUGUGGUCUUGAAAGGAGUAACGAAGGCGACAGAGAGGUACUACUGCUCUUGAAAACUCCGAACAACUGGUCAUGAUGAAAAUCUUGAGCCCGACGACGAAGACCCUCCGGAGCCUCGCUCGUUCGUUCGUUCCACCAGAGGCAGCUAGAUAUCUGCGCGGUCAUAGGCUCUGUGAACAUUCUAUUCCCGAAACUCUCAUUUUAAUCUAUUAUAGCUGGAAUGCAGGACGCCUGCAUAACGUGACGAGAUGAUUACAUCAUAUUUUUGAUGAUACUUAUAGUAGGAGAUGAUAUUCAAGAAUAUUUGACUUCGAAUUGUGAAGAGGGAGAUCCGAUCGGAACCCUCGAUGGAAUGUAACAGAAUGGUAUUCGAACGUCUCCAUUCGAUCGUUGUGUAUGACUGACCAUUCUGAUUGUUUAGCCGUUUCCACCGUUCCUCGAAGCUUCUGGGUCGGCAACCCAUACAAUAAAGUUUCCGAGAACCUUGGU